GAUAUAUUGAUAUAUUUUUCACAUCCCUAUUGAAAACAAACUACAAUAAUAAAUAAAAAUAAAUGUAGUUAAUGCAAUUGUAUAUUUUUGAUACGAUAAUAUGUUUAUGAUUAUAUGAUAGGAGGACUUAAUCACAUUUAGCAAAAUGGAAAUUGGCAACGAGCAGUCCUAUAAGGACUUUUUCGACAAGUUGCGGAGUGAUUCGGGCCCCCGAAACUUGCGCCAGAUCUUCGAGGACGAUGAUCGCCCAUUAGAGACCGAAUCGCCCAGUUUGCGUUAUCAGCCGGGCAGUUCCAAGAAACCACAGGGUAUUAAAAAACCCCCGAUUACCAGGAGUAGUACUGCGGAUAAGGGUGAUCCUCCAGCCUCCACAUGGAACACGGUGAUUGCCAAGGUGGUGCAUGCCUAUCAGGGCAACCAGAACGUGGGUCGCGUGGGAUGCGCUCUAUCGAUUUUGGGCGAGAUGGAGGCUUCCAAACUGAUUGUAUAUAAGAGCAAAAACCAAGUGCUGACCACCCUGCAAUUGACACCUCGUGGCGGAAAGGUUAUCCUGCGGGAGUCCUAUCUUCAGUUCUAUGACGACGAGCAGCAUUUCUGGAGCCUACGGUUCGACAAGGAACCGGAUGAGCGUGAAUUUGUACGGCUUAUGAUGAAGAACAAACUGCCAAUGGAGCACUUUCUUAGCGAGGUUUCAUCCUCUAGCUCGGGAUCACCAUCCUGUGAGGAUUUGUCCAAGUCUGGCGAGCAGUCCAGGAGUUCCAGGGCCAAUCCUCCACAGCCGCAGCCGCGUUUACGCAUGGGAAUUCCGUCUCCGGAGAAGCUGGAGGACGAGGCACCCGAACAGGAGCAGGACGAAGCCCCUGCAGACGAGGAUGUGAUAGUCACACCACUGCCGCGACCCAUAGGCUCAUCAAAUGCCCAACACCGGAACACCGGUUCCAGCUCCCUGGCGGUGGCCACAGCUGGAAAAACUCCUCCUGACAAUCCCCUGGCUGUCAAAGCAUUGGACAAGUACAUGGACGAACAGCGGGCCUCGGGCUUAAUGAUGGAGCACAAGAUGGACGCCAUCCUGCAGGCCAUGAAUCGCAUGGGAAAGUCGGGGGUUGCAGUGCCAGAAGCACCCAGCGAUCCGCUGCUUCAACGCGACAGCGAGGAUGAGUUGCUGGAGCUGGAGCAGAAGCUGCUCAAUCUCAAGCGGGAGAAUCGUGCCUUGACCAAAAAUCUCAAGGCCAGGGAACAGGCCUUGGAGGACCUGCGCUGCUCCGCUUGCGCUCUUUGUGAGGAGCUGCUGGUCCAGAAUGCGGAUCUCAAGGAGCAGAAUGAGCAGCUCUUGGCCAGCAGAGUUGGCCGUGACCUAAAUUCAACUGCCGCAUGUCACAAUUGCGAGCAGUCUUCCAAGCAGAUAGCCAAAAUGCAGCGACACAUUAUCGCGCUGCAGGAAGCCUUGCGGAUCUAUCAGAAAUCGGGGGAGCCCAGUUCCGGUCGUUUAUAGUAGCUAUCCAAAUUUACAUAACUUGUAUUGUCACUUAAAAUGUAUUAAAUCUUUACACACUCUGA